AUGGCGUUCAUGAGCAGCGGCGCGAUGUGGCGAAUGGCUGAUGUCGUGGGCAAGUGCUUCAAGAACGUGUCGUUUGGGGAGUACAAGGUGGCCGCUGUCGACCAGGAUGAUCACCGUGCGAUCCGCCUCUGCAAGGCCCCGAGCGGCGUCUGCACAAAUAUCAGCUGCUCCGACCUUCAUGCUGCCGCUGGGCUCGCAGAUCUCGUUCACAAGAACCAGAACUACCCUCGCGUUGCCCACCUCGAGCGGGACAAGAUCCGCGACGCCGUGCUCAACAUCAUGGACGGCAGAUCGGCGGACAUGGAGGUCGAAUGUGACGAGAGCUCGACGAACUUGGUACCGACCACGCGGCUGAAGACGCAGGUGGAGAUGGCGUUGGAGUUGCAGCCCGAGGAGGCACAGCAUACGCCCGCUCACCUUCUUCGUCCGGCACAAGCUCACGUGCAGACGAGGCCACCGUCUCCCAUGAUCAAACUCAGCUCGAGGAAGGACAAGACAGCGACCGACCUCAUCUCCACCAAACUCGAUGACUCCACGUCCUCAACCACGACCGCCCUUGACAAAGUUUCAAUUGGUCCAAGCACAGCCAGCGCGCUCAAGCAGGCUAACUUCGAGGCUCUCAUGCGUCGCAUGACCUCACUCGAGCACGCCAACAAGGAGAUGGUCAAGACUAUCGCGGAGCAUAAUACCGUCAUCCCGAACGCAAUCAAGGCGGCUGAUCCUGCUGCUCUCCUACGCCGUAUCAAUACACUCGAGGCCGCGAACAAGGAUUUGACCAAGACGAUUGCGGAGCGUGGUAUCAUCAUCGAUUCGAAGCUUGAGCAUGCUCGCGACCGCAAUGAGGCCUUGAUGGACUACGUGCACAAGACUGCUGUCGAGAGUAUCAUCGACAGUGUCGUCAACUUUGGCAGUGAGAGACUGGCCGGAACAGUCGCCGAACACUUCAAGGCGGCCAAUGCCAAGUUGAAGGAAUGUAUUGACGGUUGGAAGGAUGCAACAAAGGAGGCUAAAGACGAGAUGUUGUGUCUGCGCGACGACGAAGAGAAUGACAAAGAACUGGUCGCUACUCUGACCGAGACUGUGGAUGAGUUGCGUUCGGAGCUCGAACAAGUCAAGCAGCAGCUUUCGGCUCCCGAAAAGAUCCAGAAGGCUCUAAGUGACGUUAAAACCUUGUGUGCCGAACUGUUGGCCGCUCACGCCGAUUACGAGCCCACCAGUCAGGAAGUGUAUGAGGCCUUCAAGGGGGUCCUGCAACAAGAAGUCGACUCGAUCAAGCAGCCCGUCAGGGACACAAUCGAAGACUUACGCAUUGACCGUGAUUCAACGGCAGGUGUUCGUAAGAAGCUCGACACCCUCUUCGAACUGGUACAGACCGACCAUCAUGAUCGAAUCGCCGACAUGCAGGAUCUGGAGAGGUCGCUUGCCGCCAAGGUCGACAAGCUCGAGGCCAAGAUUUACACCGACAAAGACAAGACCCGCAAACAUUUCGAGGACUUGAGCAAGCAGAUGGCAGGCCAGGACAACGAGGCCCUGAAUGUAUUUGAGAGACAGGACGCUUACUUGGUGCGCAACGAAUGCAUGAUCAAGGACCUCCGCGAUGACUGUUCGCUGUUCAAGAAAGAUGUACAGGCCCGUUCCGAGGACGUCGAGCAGAGGAGCCGUAACAUCCAGGCCAAGCUCAAACUGGAGCUGGAGUCGAGCAAAUGCUCUCUCGAGCAAUUGCGCAACAUGAUGCAGGAUGACCGUGCCUCGCACAACUUCUUGGUCGACAAUGUGGCAGUGUAUGAUGAUGACAUCACUAAUAUCAAGGCGGACGUCAUGGAGGUAAAGGCUGCGCUCCGUCUGGGGGAGGAGGGUGAUGAAGAGGAGCAGGCCACCCCAAGCGAAGGCCUUGGUGCUUUGGGCCAGGACAGUAUCGAUGGCGAGGGCUCUGAGGACUCCGAGGACUUCGAGAUUGUGUCGCAGUGCGACUCUGACUUCGAGCUUCUUGGGGAUGGGUUGUCUUGA